AUGAUGUUCAAGCCAUCAUCGCCUCUCCUCUCGGGUCUUCUAUGGAAGAUCCCGUGGCGUAUCUCACAGCCUCAGAAGGCACGGCAAAGAAAGCGUCUUCGCGCCGUUGACCGCGUUGUCGAUACCCUCAGCGCCGCCUUGCGACGAAAUGGUCAGAGCACGAAAGCCGUCGACCGGUGGUAUGCGGAAAUGCCCCGGGAGGAAGAAAUGUUGCCCAAAGACAAGUACACUCUUUUUGAUAAGAAGGAAAAGACCUACCGGAAGGGCAUUCACAAGCUCCCUAAGUGGACAAGAGUUAGCCAGCGCCUUAACCCUCCUGGUUUCUAA